AUGCUGAUCAGCGGCGGAGCGUCGAACUUGCUCUGUGGCUUCAACAAACUGCUAAGUUGGCCACCAGCACUGUUGGGCUUGAUAUCUUUCUUGGUGAACAUCUGGUUGUCCUCAACAUCUGCGGUCUGCAACAGACUAUCCAGGUUGUUGAAAUUGGCGUCGCUCUUCGCGUUCAGGUUCAACCCGCUGAGAUUGGUGGAGAUGCUCUGUCCAUCAAGCAUCGGACUGGAUCCAAGAGAAAAUGGCGACUGUGAAAGCAUGGUAGUCGAGUUGAAUGUCGUGGAGAGGUUGUUUGGAACGUUGUAUCCGCUCAUCAUUGGCGACGAAGGAAGCACCACUGCCUCUUCGAAAGUUGGGAGAUCUUCGUCAAUGUCUUUGUUCUGA